AAUGAACGAGUAGAAAGGAGCUAGAGUUUUUGGGAAAAAUCUUGAAAAUCAAGCAGACAAGGCAUCCAAGAUUCUCAAAGGCAAAAAAGAUGUGAUAAUUGAUGAAAUGGGAGGGAAGGAAAAUCUAAUAAAUGAUGCAAUUUGGACGAAGGAGGGUUUGAAUAAAUCAGGCUCUCCUUAGCUUGUUAGUUUGUAUUAGCAAGAAAUAUACGAAUUUUUAUAUGAAAAAGAAAAAAGUAUGGGAGAACCAAAUUUUUAAAUGGGAUCCACUAAAAUCAAUGAUACUGUCAGAGCUACAACUGUAUAUUAUUAUAUUGAAUAUAGGUUAGGUACAUCGUAAAACUUGUUAGAUGUUUUAAUUUAAAGGCUGAAACCCUCUUUUAGACUGUUGAUUUGAUGGAUCAGACGAUAUCACUCCUCAAUCCUGAAAUCGCAGAAUUGGAGCUUAUUUCAAUAACCUGUCUUUUCAUAGCAUCGAAAUAUGAAGAAAUCUACCCUCCUCCCUUGCCAGCUUUACUAAGAGCAACAGAUAUCAAAGCCAAGGAUGUUAUUGAGAUGGAAAAGGAAAUACUUAAUAGAUUAAAUUUCAAUGUCAUCAGUGAUAAUACUUUGGUGUGGAUAUAAUUAAUUGGAGAGAUGCUGGGUUACAAUUGUAAAUAUUCUGAUCAAAUAAAGCAAAGAUGUAUGUAAGUUUAAUUCUCAUCUUAUUAGGAAUUUAGCUGAGACUAGCUUAACUUCUUCGUUGUUUUUGAAUCACAAAAAAUCAGCUAUAGCUUUGAACAUUUACAUGGCUGUGGAAAUCAAUUUGGGUUGUCAAAAAACAUAAUUUUAAUGGGAAAGACUAACCUAGCAUUAGAAACCAAGCAAUGAAUCGAAAACUCUUAAAUUGCUGACUUAUAUUUUGAAAAUCAAAUGA